AUGGGGGCUUCCUUUCCGCCAACAAAUCUGGGUGGCGCUCUCGCCACAAAUGCCGUGGCAGGUACGGCCGGAGGUGUCGUUUCUGUUCUCCUAGGCCAGCCUUUUGACCUGAUCAGAGUGAGACUUCAGACUCAGAAUUCGAGCAAUGCAUUUCGGGUAGUCUCGAAUAUCUUCCGGAAUGAAGGACCAUUGGCAUUCUACAAGGGAGCCUUAUUGCCAUUCUUGGGGGUUGGAGCAGCGGUAGGCAUACAGUUUUCCGUGUUUCACAGCGCAAAGCACGCCAUUGAACGACUGAAAGACCAAUCCACCCAAUCUGACGGACGGAACCUUCCCAACCUGGACUUUUACUUGGCUGGUGGAGUUGCCGGCAUUGCAAACAGCAUUGUAUCUGGUCCUGUCGAGCACAUCCGGAUCCGCCUUCAGAUGCAACCCACCGGCACUGGGAGACUGUACUCUGGCCCGUGGGAUUGUAUGAGAAAAAUAUCUGCCACGGCUGGUAUCAGGGGAAUAUUCAAAGGCCAGAACAUUGCCGUGCUGCGUGAGUUUCAAGCCUACGGCUGCUACUUUGUGACCUUCGAGGCUUGCAUGCAGAUGUUGGCCAAGGCAAGAGAGAAAAGGCGUGAGGAUCUGCCAACCUGGUCAGUCGCAUCUUGUGGUGCCUUUGCUGGCAUGGCGUUCUGGCUUGGAAGCUAUCCGCUCGAUGUGAUCAAGACAAGGGUACAAAACGACGGAUUCGGGCCAGAUCGACAGUACAAGAAUGCCUGGGCAGCUAUAGUGCAGACGUGGAAGCGUGGGAAGCUUCCUGCGUUCUUCCGCGGGCUGGGUCCUACCUUGCUAAGGACCGUGUUAUCAUCCUCAGGGACAUUUGCCAUGUAA